AUGAUCCGCUCCCGCAUUCUCAUGGCUCGGGUUACCAGAUCGACCGCAGCCAAGGCAAAGGCCAGCUUUGACACUCCCGUCAAGACGGAGCAACCAGCACGAACGACGGGCAGGAAACGAGCUGCCAGCAAGACAGCUACAGACCAAUCGCCCGGCAGUAGUCGCAAAAGAGUCAAGGCGGAAGCGGUCAAGACAGAGUCGGCCGCGGCCAAACUGGAACGGCUGGACGACGACCAUGACGUGCUCUCCAAAAUCCCCACUGCCCCAAACCCUCCACUGGCCUCAACCUCGCCCAAGACAAGCUCGGCCCUCGCGUCGCGCAAGCUCAGGCAGUACUACGGUGGCGACACCAGCAAGCUCGGCCCGUUUCCCGACUUCCCCCACCCCACACCAUCGGAGUGCAAGCGCGCCCACCGCAUCCUCGCCGGGCUGCACGGGGCACGGAAGCGGCCGACGGUGCCGCUGACGGCCGGCCCCGCGGGGCGGGCGGGGUGCGGCGAUGCGCCGUCGGUUCUGGACGCGCUGGUGCGGACGAUCCUGAGCCAGAACACGUCCGACUCCAACUCUGCGCGGGCGAAGCGGUCCAUGGACAGGGCGUACGGCGGGCGGCACGACAACUGGCCGGCGGUGGUGACGGGCGGGGUCGGCAAGCUCGAGGAGGCGAUCCGGUGCGGCGGGCUCAGCGUCGUCAAGAGCCGCGUCAUCAUGUCGAUCCUCGAGACGUGUCUGGAGCGCUACGGCGUCUACUCGCUCGACCACCUGCGGGAGGCGAGCGACGAGGAGGCCAUGCGGGAGAUGCUGGCGUUCAAGGGCGUCGGUCCCAAGACGGCCAGCUGCGUCCUGCUGUUCUGUCUCGGUAGGGAGAGCUUUGCUGUUGACACGCAUGUUCAUCGCCUCACGGGUAUCCUGGGCUGGAGGCCGGUCGGGACGAGUCGGGAGGAGGCGCACCUGCAUCUCGACGCGAGGAUUCCGGACGAGGACAAGUACGGGCUGCAUGUAUUGCUCAUCACGCAUGGUAAGAGAUGUCCGGAGUGUAAGGCGGGUGGGAGGAGUGCAGGGAAGUGCGAGCUAAGGAAGGCUUUGAGGCAGGAGAGGGAGGAGGGCUUCAAGGAAGAAGAGGAUACCAAAGAGAACGUUGCGAGAACAGAAGAGAAAGAAGAGAAAAAAGAGAGCUGA